UCAUAUUCAAUUUUAGCAGGAGAGUAAAAUCUCACAGCUACUCUUUUGUCCUCUAACCUCUCAUUUAAUUGCAUGCCGUGGAAAUGUCAACAACCAGGAACACAACGGCGUCUGUCCUGGAGAGUGAAAGCGAGCCAGAACAUUAAACCGCUAGAAACCCAGCGUGCACCAAGUCCAAUUCACAGGCAGAGCUGGCGUACUGGUGGGUUUAGCGCUUUGUUUUGGUUGAGCGUGGUCCCCGCGCAAUUCUCAGCCGUCUGGUUGCCUCGGCGUUCCCUGACGACCACGGCAAUUUGCAACGUGCUCGUCCGGACCCACAGACUACUUAUGGUGAAUAAUGAGUCUCGACAGUCGAUCGGGUUAGAACAGCAGAGUCAAAGCAGAGACAUACCCCAACAUCAGAAGCUCUCAUGCGCCAGCUGUCGCUGAAGUCUACGAUCCUUAGAUGCCGGCAAAGCAAUCUAGCAGAACUAGGUUGAGGUUUACAACCCUUGGUCGCCAUCAGCAACUGCUGGCAGAGUUAACGC